AAUAAAAUAAAAUAAAAUAAAAUAAAAUAAAAUAAAAUAAAAUAAAAUAAAAUAAAAUAAAAUAAAAUAUAUUUUUUUCUAAUGACAAGACUUUGUCCAAGCACAAGAUACCAUUUUGUUUUCUCCCACAGAUAACACAAAAUUAUUCAAUUAAUUAAUUUAAUUUCCUUUUAAUAUAAAUGUUUCACAACCUAAGGGCUCUUUCAUAUGACGAUGACUUAUUUUUAUUGUGCUCUGCAAUGCAGUUUGUACCCUAUCAAACAAAAACCAUCCCCAAACAGAAAGCCAAUCCAAGUGCAGAGGAGGUGAUAGCCUUUUGUUGCCCUGCUGAGAGGUUUUUCAUGAAGAGGUGGUGAUUUAAAGCUGAGGAGAAACAUAGGGUGUAAUAAAUGUUGUCAUAACCCAACAUUUCUAGAGAAAAAGUGUGACAGAAAAGCAUCAGCUUUAAAUAGGUGUUGAAAGGUCAGACACAAUUUCAGUUGUUUUCUAGGGGGGAAAAAGCAUAAAUGGCAACACUCAACAGAAACAACAAUAUUCAUAAUUUUCUUUCCAGAAAGCCACCAUGAUAUUUCACAAUGUUUUUCAGACCUACUGAGAACAGUUGCUUAGCACUAAUGACACAUGGAGAAAAAUGCAUUUAAAUGCUAUAAAUAUAUGACAUAUGAGGCCCUUUAACAUCAAGAAUGACUUGGUCAUUCUUGUUUCCUUUAUGUUUGCAUCUUCACUACAUCACUCAUACUCUGAAUCUGUACUUCGCCAUCCUAUCUCUCUCCAGGAGUUCAUAAACUCCUUAUUCAAGACUAUGGACUUAGAGCAAUUGAAAGUCAACAGCUACUCCUCUUUACUGAUUUUAUGCUCUAUUUCUAAAUGAAAAGAUUUAUAUCCAUGGGAUACAGCAGUGUAGUGGUAGAUAUUAAACAUCUACACAUUUGCAAGAAACAGUUUGAAUACUUGCUGCCAUUUUCUCCACCAAACAACUUCCCUACAUGAGACUACAUUUGCCUUCAGAUGACUGUGGGUCUGCUUGAGUAAUUUCAAAAUGUUCUAUCUGAAUGAACCUGGUUUGCAAGAAUUUGCCAUUGCAGUGUCUUGGUAAGACAAUGUCAUUGACUGGCAUUGCCCAGUUUUUCUUUAAUAAACUCCAACCAGUAAUGCAUAGGCGAUCAACAGAAAAAAACCCCAUCAAAACUGAUAACUUCCAUAUUUUUCGUAUAUAAAUGCAUUGAUUGAAAUAUUUUGUUUUUGUUUUUGGUGUCUGUAAACUGAGGUUCCAUUUGUUAAGUGUGAUAAUCAUGCAUUUUCUUUAUUUUAUCUUGGAUUUUAAACCUCAUAAAAAACAAGUUGCAGAUAUUUUCCUCUGCUUGUUGCACAGUAAUAGCUAAAUUAAAGCACAAUUGACACCUUCAUGAAUUGUGAUUUUUAGCAAAUGUGACAAGUGACUCCAGGCCUAUAAACCAUAAUUUAUGUUUUCUGAAUUUCUGUCUUACAGUCUGAGCUCAGUAAAUCCUGCUAUCAUCAUCUCAUGUUUAAAAAUUCUCAGGAGCUACUGACUGCUUUUGGCAAAAGUAGUUAACUUCUAAUAUCCUCUGCUGUACUUUUCCAAAUAUGUUUGUUAAUUGGCUCAUUGUCUUUGGCUUGGCAUUAUCACACGCUUCUCUGUUGGAAGGGAACAUCUCAAGUCUUUUCAUAUCCUCCAGCUGCCUGUCAUGUAUCCAAUGUUCCUUUUAUCUAAUAUGGUUCUGCACAUUCUUUAGAUCACAUCUUUGGCAGGAGAAUUCCCCCUUGCAAAACCACAACAGUGAGAAAAUUGCUGCAAUGAUUGACUGCAACAAGCUCUCACUUGUUUGCUCUUUAUGGGCUGGCACUGACUCAAAAAAGCCUUUUGCAACCUCAGUUAGAUAAGAACGAGACAGUGCCAGUCUGCUCUCCUCAGCCUUUUGUUCUCAGACUUUCCAAUAAAAGAAAACACAUAUUUUCCAUCUCGAUUUCCGUUGUUUGAUGUGGAUGAAGCAAGAUGCCUCUUGUGUUGCUGCUUCAAAGAGACCUUGCAAUGUUCAUUCUGAAAAGUAUAAUGCUUCAGGGAUCCCUUCUGAUUUUAUUGGGCCGGGUGUCCUCCCUUAAAAGUAUAAAUAAUUCCUCUGCUUCAAUCACUCCAGAAAGCUAAAUUUGAAAGUCAAACACUGACACAAAGGCUAAUCCGCCUCACACCUUGAAGGGCGACUAAUUGGAAUUCCACCCUUCUCUUUUAACACUGGCAUGCAAAGACCCAUUGCACUAUUCCUCAAGCAGUCAAAAUCUAGCCAAUUCUCCAGCCAAGACAAAGAUUCAGUUGCUCAUAAAAGAAUGUAGCUUCCCUUCAGUAUUCAUGUCAGAACUUGUAGUGCCCUGAUGUUGAGGCUACGUGUGGACUAAUGGUAGAAUAUUUUAUGUGUCAGUAAUAAGUGCAUGCUGCAUGGAUAACUUCAUAGUAUGCGGCAGAUCAAGAACAAAUAAGAGAUAGUCUGCUGCACAGGAAAUGUGAAGAAGCGUACUCACCUACACACACAAACACACACAGUGCUUUGGUUAAAGCUCAGAUAAUUCACAACUGAGAUAAUCAGAAAGCUUCUUGCAGCAAAUAAUCUGCAACAACCACAACCCCACAGGUAAGCCUCAUUCUAAUGACCUCAAAUUGUAAGUUACAUGUGAAACGCUUUGUAACAUGUGGCUUGGGCCGUGAAUUCACAUUAGUGUAUGAGUUGGAAAGAUUUAAAUAGUCAUAGGAAAACUGUCAACGAAAAAUGACAACCACAAAUGAAAUUCAGAUCAAAUCAGGUUAAAUCAGAUUUUAUCAGAUGCACUUCAUCUAAUAAUCCUCCAGAGUUCACCAGGGUUCCCUUGGUGGAGCUGUGGAGUUCCCCUGGGGGUUUUUGGGACACAAAAUCUACAACCCAAGUCUGGUGUUAAUGGAAGAAUGCAAUGAAAAGAAAGCCCUUGUAAUAAUAUAACCAUUAGAAGUCUCACUACACCUUGCAAUGAAAUGACUAUCCUCAUAGUGAAACAUAGUAAUGGCAGCAUCAGGCUUUGGGAAAAUCACAAGCGUAAACCCAAUAAUACAUACUUCUGCAAGUCAUUCCAUCCAUCAUAAACCUACAUGUAUGUUUGUAUUAGAAAGACUCUUUCAGUUAUUUGUCUAAAAUAAUCAGGAUCAUUGAUUAUAACAUAACAGAAUUCUCUUUUGGAAGAUGUUUAUCAGUUUACUAUAAUGUUUUGUCAAUCAAAAUCCCUGUAGUGUAAAGCUGAAAAAAAUAAAUAAAGAUGUGAAACUAACAUAAGUUUCUUGAAAAAAAAUCCACAACUGAAAAUACAGAAAUAUCAAUCAGUCAAAGGAGACUACCGUAAUAUAGCUUAUUCCAGCUAUAAAUGUAAAAGGGGAUAGUAAAAUUACCUAUUUUUUCUGCCCUGUGAGAAAAGAAAUACCAUCCAGGCUUCCAUUAAACUGAAACAGAGCUAAAGGGAGAGGUUUUCCUGGAUCCCCUCUUUCAAAGGGAGGGUGAAACCUCCUGCUGCCAGGCUCAUGGCAGGGCAGGGAGCGAAGCAUUCCUCUCACACUUUUGGAACACCUCUUCUGCUUUUACAUACGUCAGAUCUGCUUGAUAAAAGGGGGAUUGAGUCUAAUAGGAAUAGCUCACUGGCAGCUUUAGCCAAUUCUGAUUAGUAGAUUUGGUUUGGGAAGAUGUGGAAGAUCUUUGUAGCUGUGACCUUCUGCUUAACUCUGGUGUCAGCCUCAUGCCCAGAAGCCUGCCAGUGUCCUCCUGACGUUCCUGUUUGUGCAGCAGGGGUGAGUCUGAUGCUGGACAGCUGCAGCUGCUGUAAGGUCUGUGCACGGCAGCUCUAUGACAACUGCAGCAAAACUCAACCGUGCGACACUGCAAAGGGACUGGAGUGCAAUUUCGGGGGCAAAUCUGAUUUUGCACCUGGCAUCUGUCGAGCUAAAUCAGACGGGAGAAGCUGCGAGUUCAAUGGCAGGAUGUUCCAGAAUGGGGAAAUCUUCCAGCCAAACUGCAAAUAUCAGUGCACCUGCCUGGAUGGAUCUGUCGGGUGCGUCUCGCUUUGCACUCGUGAACUUUUGAUGUACCGAGUGGGCUGUAAAAAACUGAGGAGGGUUAAUGUGAAAGGACAGUGCUGUGAACAACUCACCUGCCUCGAUGAUACAAACACAAGAAGGUCUGGGUCAAGGAAACACAGACGAAACUACAAACAAGACCAAUCUGAUGGUGACUUUUCUAACAAGAAUGAUCCUCCACAUGUUCAGAGACGAGAAUUAACAGCUUUUAGGAAUCAUCGAAAGAGGCUUGAAACAGGAGUCAAAUGUCAGCCUCAGACCACAGCCUGGUCACCCUGCUCCAAAUCCUGUGGUCAUGGGGUUUCCUCCAGGAUGACCAACAACAAUAUCAAGUGCAAACUGGUGACUGAAACUCAGAUCUGUGAGACACAACCCUGCAUAGAAAUUCCUCAAAAGAGAGCUGGGAAAUGUAAGGGGAAGGCUGUCCAUCCAAUUCAGAUGUCUGAUGGUGGUUGUCAUAGUCUGAAGACAUUCCAGCUGAAACACUGCAGGUCCAGCUCAGACGCCCGAUUCUGUCGGCCUCACAGGACCCGGACACCAUCUGGCCGUCUCAAAAGCAAGUCUGAACAGACUUUAAGGAAGAAGGUGGUGAUGACUGGAUCUUGACUGUGAGAUUUGGACUUCUCCAAGAACAGUAAAAUGUUGCUCAGCCUCUAUGGACGUUCUAAUAUGAUUCAGAAACUAACUGUGAAUCUGAGAGCAAUUCAAAUAAAAACUA